AUGUUCCCAUGUCAACCCAGCGCCAUCGGCACACAAUACCAUCGUUCAAAGUCUUCAACUUGGACUCAAGGCAAAAUGUCUGACGAGUAUGGUUCUGCAGUUGAUAACGACACUGAUAUCCAGAAAGCUCGUCCCACCAGAGAGACUGUUACCAUCGAAGAUGAUGCCCCUCUCAUCCAGAGUCUCACCACAGAGACUAUCGUCAUCAAGGAUAAUACGUCAAUCACUCAACAAGCUCCAGCCACGACUGUCGCUCCUAUCAUCGUGAGCACUCUUGCCACCAAGGAGGCCCCUAUGCUCAGGCCCAGGAGAAGACCUCGUGUCAUUCCAUUCACACCAUCAAGAGUCACAAAAGCCUCCCUGAAAAAGACAGCUAUCAAGACAGUCACUGUUGACAAGGCAGCUCAGCUUCUGCAGAUUAUGGAGUCGAAAACCCCAGAGGCCAAGAUUGAGAAGCCUGGACUUACUCAAGAAGAGAUUAACGAGGAUCUGAUUGCCAUGGGCAUUCUACAUGCUCCCGAUCAAGACUCACUAACUCACCCCGCCUCCGGGAGAUCCUCUUCUAACUCGCCUGGAGUCAACGAGGAUGGCCGUGAUGCCUCGGGUCUUAAUCAUCACACCAUGCAGUCUAGUCUGUCAAAGCCCGACCACGAGAUUGCUGCGUCAGCUACACAACUGCCAACCUCGGCCGCUCGUGAUGGCGUGCUUCAUGAAUAG